GCAGGGACGCUGUUUGAAUCACCGCUCCUUCCAGCGAGAGGAUAUGUAGAGACUGGGAUAUAAACAACGUUGCUACGUCCGCACAGGCAUCACUGUGAACAUGGAAAAGGAGUUUAAGAAAAUUGAUUCUGAGGGAGCGUGGUUUGAUAUCUAUACGGAAAUUAGAAACAAGUCAAAUAACUUUUCAAAUAAAAUAGCAAGGAAUCCAGAAAAUCAAAGCCGAAAUAGAUACAGAGAUGUUAGUCCAUUUGACCACUGUCGUGUUAAACUACAGAGUGCAGACAAUGACUAUAUCAAUGCCAGCUUAGUGACUGUGGAAGAAGCUAAACGAAACUACAUUCUAACACAGGGCCCGCUUUCAACAACUUGUGGUCAUUUCUGGUUGAUGGUGUGGGAACAAAUGAGCAAAGCAAUUGUGAUGCUUAACAGAAUCAUUGAAAAAGAUUCGGUGAAAUGUGCACAAUACUGGCCAAUGAAAAAGGAUAAAGGAAUGACAUUUAUGGACACAGGCUUCCAUGUAACACUGUUAUCUGAAGAUACAAAGUCAUGCUAUACAGUGAGAGAUCUAGAGGUGGAAAAUAUGAAUAGUGGAGAGGUUCGAAGGAUUUAUCACUUUCACUAUACCGCAUGGCCAGAUUUUGGAGUGCCAGAAUCUCCAUCUGCAUUCCUGACAUUCCUUUUUGAAGUGAGAGCAUCUGGAUCACUAUGUUCUGAACACGGACCUGUAGUAGUUCACUGUAGUGCAGGCAUAGGACGUUCUGGCACAUUCUCUUUAGUAGACUCUUGUCUUGUUCUGAUGGAAAAACGAAAAGAUCCAGAUUCUGUUGAUAUCAAACAUGUCCUUCUGGAUAUGAGGAAGUAUCGUAUGGGACUUAUUCAAACACCAGACCAGCUGAGAUUUUCAUACUUGGCAGUAAUAGAAGGAGCAAGAGACUUAAAACUGGAUUGUUCUGCACAGAAACAGUGGAAAGAUAUUUCUAAAGAGGGCCAACCAUCUCCUGAAUACUCUGCAAAAUCACAGACGUCAAGACGGCUUACAGAGACAUUUAAUGGGAACAGAUUACCUUGUUUAGAAGAGCAAGAGACUAAAUUAGAAAGACGGUCUAGUACUGGUAUUCGUAGUAAGAUGCAAGAUACAACUGACAGUAAAGAUUCAAGCUCCCUUCGGAAGAGACAGCGAGAGGACCGAAAAGCUAACACAGCACAAAAAGUACAGCAAAUGAAACGGAAGCUAAGCGAUGCAGAAAGGAAAAGAAAAAGGCCAAGACUAACUGAUACCUAAGAUUUCAAGAUUAGACAUUCUGCCUCUGUUUUCUUUACUCCCCUAAUGUGCAAAUGGAAAAACAAACCCUGUUUAGGGAACAUGGUGAGGUCGAAUACUACUGAGAUCUCACAUCAUCUAACUGUUUACAACGUAAACUUUUACAUCCAGAAGAUGAAGACAAACACCAGCAUGAAACUUUACAAAUUAAGUACAGUUCAUGUAUUGUCACAUGUUUUAUAAUGCUUGUAUUACCUGUGCAAAAAUGUAAAAACAGAAUAAAUUAGAAAUUGCUUUGUACUUGUACUGCCAUUAUGUUGUAUUUUUAUACUCUGGCAGUAUUAAAUGUUCUGUUUUGGCUAAAACUGUGAUAUGGAGUAUUUUAUAUCAAAUUGCAUUGUUAAUAGAUAUUUGGAAGUGUAGAAUGUUGAUUUUGUUUUAAAUGUUAACUGCAAAAGCAGUCAUGGGGGAUGUGUGGUUAAAGUACAACUGCAAUGUAUUCUAAAUAUUUUGUUAGUUUUUUUGGAGGAGAGCAUUCACUUGUUUAGAUGCAAAACAUGAUUCUUGUCAAUCUCUAUAAAUAUGUUCAUAUGUUCAUAUGCACAAAGUGCUGUGAAACUUCAGCUCUGUGGUAAGUUGACUUCAGCAGUGGAAGCUGCCUUGAGAAAAAAAUAAAUGUAUGUUUAUAA